AUGCCGCGUCUCAUCAAUUGUCUGCUCUUGUUCCUCGCCUGUCUCGGCGCAUCGACACAGGCAAAAGACGAGACAACUCAAUGGCCCCUCCAAGAUAACGGCCUCAAUACGGUCGUGCAAUGGGACCACUACAGCUUCCAGGUCAAUGACCAGCGAAUCUUCGUCUUUAGCGGUGAAUUCCACUACUGGCGCAUCCCUGUCCCAGCCUUGUGGCGUGACAUUCUCGAGAAAAUCAAAGCUGCAGGCUUUACAGCAUUCGCUUUCUACUCUAGCUGGGCCUACCACGCUCCCAACAACGGCACAGUGGACUUCUCCACUGGUGCACGCGACAUCGUCCCCAUCUUCGAGCUCGCCAAGGAACUCGGCUUGUAUAUCAUCGUUCGUCCGGGCCCUUAUGUCAAUGCUGAAGCCAAUGCUGGUGGCUUCCCCCUUUGGCUUACGACGGGUGAUUAUGGCACAUUGAGAAACAAUGAUACACGCUACACAGAGGCUUGGAAGCCUUACUUUACGGAGGUGACUACUAUCACCUCUAAGUAUCAGGUCACUGAUGGUCAGAACUCGAUCUGCUAUCAGAUUGAGAACGAGUAUGGAAACCAGUGGCUUUCGGAGGCUUCUCUGCGCGUUCCUAAUGAUACUGCUAUCCACUAUAUGGAGUUGCUCGAAGCCAACGCAAGGGAGAACGGUAUCACCAUUCCCUUGACUGCGAAUGACCCCAACAUGAACUCGCAUUCGUGGGGGAAGGAUUGGUCCGAUGAGGGUGGUAAUGUUGAUGUCGCAGGUGUUGAUUCGUACCCUUCAUGCUGGACUUGUGACUUGAGCCAAUGCACCUCUACCAAUGGCGCCUACGUCCCUUUCCAGGUCAUGGACUACUACAGCUACUUCCAAGAAUCCCAGCCAAACCAGCCCGGUUUCAUGCCCGAGUUCCAGGGUGGAUCUUACAACCCCUGGGGUGGACCGGAAGGUGGCUGUCCCGGAGACAUUGGUGACGACUUCGCCAACCUCUUCUACCGCUGGAAUAUUGGACAGCGCGUGACAGCCAUGUCUCUGUACAUGAUGUUCGGUGGUCAGAACCACGGAGCGAUGGCUGCCCCUGUCACAGCGACUAGCUAUGAUUACUCGGCGCCUAUCUCCGAAGACCGCUCCAUUUGGUCAAAGUAUCAUGAGACGAAGCUUUUGGCCCUGUUCACUCGGUCUGCCACCGAUCUCACCAUGACUGAUUUGAUUGGUAAUGGAACACAAUACACGGACAACAAGGCUGUGAAGGCGUUCGAGCUGCGAAACCCAGAAACCAAUGCGGCAUUCUAUGCGACAUUCCACACCAACACUUCUAUUUCCACGAAUGAGGCCUUCCAUCUGAAGUUGAAUACUUCCGCUGGAGUAUUGAAUGUUCCAAAGCGUGCUGCUUCAUUGCGAUUGAAUGGACACCAGUCCAAGAUCAUUGUGACAGACUUCUCAUUCGGCGGGAAGACGCUUUUGUACUCCACUGCUGAGGUUCUUACCUACGAGGUCUUUGACAAGAAGCCCACCCUUGUGCUUUGGGUUCCCACUGGCGAGUCGGGCGAGUUCAAUAUCAAGGGUGCCAAGAAGGGUUCCAUCAAGAAGUGUGAAGGCUGCUCAAAGGUCAAGUUUGUGAAGGAGCACGGUGGCUUGACCACUUCCUUCACUCAGUCCAAGGGAAUUACGAUCUUGGAAUUCGACAACGGUGUCCAAGUCGUUGUUCUCGAUAGAACUUCCGCUUACGACUUCUGGGCUCCCGCCAUCACGGAGAACCCAUUUGUUCCGGAGACUGAAAGUGUUUUCGUUCUGGGUCCAUACCUUGUUCGUGGUGCCAAGCUGUCUGGCAACAAGCUUUCUAUCACUGGUGAUGUGGUUAACGCAACCUCUUUGGAAGUCUUUGCUCCAAGGGCUGUGAAAUCAAUCACUUGGAAUGGAAAGAAGGUUGGAACCCACUCGACCGAAUAUGGAAGUCUGAAGGCGUCACUCAAGGCCCCCAAGUCUGUGAAAUUGCCAUCUCUGUCUUCGUGGAAGUCCAAGGACAGCUUGCCAGAGCGAUUCACCGAAUACGAUGACUCUGGCGCAGCCUGGGUUGACGCAAACCACAUGACAACACUCAACCCCCGAGUUCCAACCAGCCUACCAGUCCUCUAUGCAGACGAGUAUGGUUUCCACAACGGCGUCCGUCUCUGGCGUGGAUACUUCAACGGCACAGCCACAGGUGCCUUCAUCAACGUCCAAGGGGGAUCUGCAUUCGGCUGGUCCGCCUGGCUCAACGGCGAAUUCCUCACCUCCUACCUUGGUGAUGCAACCAAAUCCCAAGCAAACCUAACCCUAUCAUUCGCCAACGCCACACUAAGCACCACAACCCCCAACGUCCUCCUAAUCGUCCACGAUGACACAGGCCAUGACCAAACCACCGGUGCCCUCAACCCCCGCGGCAUCAUGGACGCCAACCUCCUAGGCUCAGAAACCGGCUUCACACACUGGCGUCUAGCCGGCACCGCAGGCGGCGAAUCAGACCUCGACCCCGUACGCGGCGUCUACAACGAAGACGGCCUCUACGGCGAGCGUCUCGGCUGGCAUCUUCCCGGAUUCGAUGAUUCGAAAUGGGAAAGCGCCGAUCUUUCUUUCACGGGUGCAUCGGUCCGCUUCUUCCGCACAACUGUUGAUCUCGAUUUACCUGCUGGAACCGAUAUCUCAAUCUCGUUUGUGCUUUCCACGCCUUCGGGUACGGAUAAGUAUCGUGCGCAAUUGUUUGUCAAUGGAUACCAGUAUGGUCGGUACCAUCCUUACAUUGGUAAUCAGGUCGUUUACCCUGUUCCAGUGGGUGUUUUGGAUUAUAAGGGGUCUAAUACGAUUUCUGUGGCUGUUUGGGCGCAGACUGAGGAGGGUGCUCAGAUUGGUGUUGACUGGAGAGUUAACUAUGUCGCCGAUAGUUCGUUGGAUGUUGCUUCCUUUGAUACUAAGGAGUUGAGGCCUGGGUGGACUGAGGAGAGGUUGAAGUUUGCUUAG